UAAAUUUAAUUAUGGGAAGUGCUGUGGUCACAUUAUAAAAGAAUAUCUUUGAGCAAGCAUCUUUAUUUAGAAAUAGAAAGACCUUCUUAAAUGAGAAAGUAAUAUCUCUAAUAUCUUUAGUAAAAAUAAACAAAUAAUCUCCUGAAACUAUAUUUCUUAUCCACAUUCGCAGUUUUACUUACAGUAUUAUUUUAUUGAUAUUAAUAUAGUAAUUGGCAAUUAUGUAAUAAGAGAAUGUAAUAUUUCAAAUGUAUGUGGAUUAUCGUAAGAAGAUAGAAUAGGAAAGAAAGUUUGUAAGAGAAACAUUAUGAC